GAUGCACACGCAUUUCACCUGUGGCAUUUAGGUUCUGUACACGAUCUGCUUUGUUCGUCUCCCGCAAGCGAGUAGUAAUAAGCCGGCCUUGACCCCAGAAUUUCGUGUUCAUUCAGCCCUAGAUACAAGACAACUUCUUAAGUUAGGUAAAAUAUGUACGGUUACGGGACUGGAGGCUAUGGCUAUGGCGGUGGCGGAUAUGGGGGCGGUGGCUAUGGUGGUGGGGCUGGCCGCGGUGGCUAUGGGGGCGGUGGACGCGGCGGCUACGGUGGUGGCCGCCAAUAUGGAACAGGCGGCCCGCGCGGUGAUGCUGGUGGAGACGACGCUUACCAGGAGGGAAAGCUGAUUUUCCCGGGCCUGUCCGAGCAGACAACCAAGGAGGUUCUUGAGCAAUACUGCAGCCAGUGGGGCCAGGUCGAGGAGUGCACCGUAGCAAGCGGGGAAGGCGUAGUUAGGUUCUCGGACCCAACGUGCGCGCAGAGCCUCUUGGACUCGGAACAUGUUAUUGACGGAGUUAAACUCGAACCGCGGGCUGCUCUGCCGCGCGACAAGGCUGGGACAGGAGAGAGAUGUCAAAAGAUCUUUGUUGGGGGAACUGGCGACGUUACGGACGAGGAGCUGCGCAACCACUUCUCCCAAUAUGGCGAAAUCCAGGAUUCGGUGAUCAUGCGCAAGGAUGGCGUCACGCGUGGCUUCGGCUUCGUGACGUUCGCGGAUCCCAUCAGCGUGGAGAAGGUGCUGGUCAUGCGCCAAGUCAUUCGGGACAAGACCGUGGACUGCAAGCGAGCCACGCCACGGGAAGCCACUCCAGGCAUGGGUAGUGGUGGUGGCCGCGGUGGUGGCCGCGGCGGCUACGGUGGCGGGUAUGGCGGCCGCGGUGGUGGCUACGGUGCUGGCUACGGUGCUGGCUAUGGUGGUGGCUACGGCAUGCGAGGCAGUAGCGUUGCCGCUGCUGGCGGCGGCUACGAGGAGAGCAUGGGCGAUGGCAUGGCAGGAUACGGCAUGGGUGCAGCAGGUUACGGCGGCAUGACGGGCAUGGCCUACGCCCCAGCGAUGGCCUACGGCGGUUACGGUGGCUACCCUGCCAUGGCAUACGGCGUCAUGGGGUACGGAGGCUACGGGCGUUCAGCAAUGGCCCGAAACACUGUGGGGCAGCAGCGGUUCCGCCCUUACUAAACAGCUCAGUGUGAAAGGAUGAUGUGGUUUUCGUUGCUUGGACAGGGCAGCCUGUACGAUGUUUGCUCGCGUUGGUCACUGACUGAUGUGUUUUCAGCAAGUUGGGACGUGUGAGGCGCGCUGCGGUGUGUCGAUUGGCGUUGAAGCGCGUGUGCUGGACGGCACUCUUGCAUGCAGGGACGCACAGAGCGUGAAUACUUGACGCGUAAGGUGGUGGUGGUGGGGGGUAAAUGACUCUUGUGCGUGUGACGUUCGUAUUGGCCGAUGGCUGGGCGCCCCGCUCGAAGGUUAAAUCGCCUGCGGAAGUGGGCCCGUGUGCGGCCGACGAACACAAACUCGCAACGGUUUACUCGCGAUAUAGUUACUGCAUUGGGCGUCAAGCAGCAGCCUGCCCUAACCGGACAUUACAAUAUGACGUGACGUUAUGCGACUCAGCGGGUGCCCGGGAUUGGUGUACGCUCAAAGACUUCCAAGCGGCCCAUCCUUGCUUUCUAGGCCGUACAUACGAAUAUUAAAUUGCGAUGUUUUCUCCACCCUACCAAACAUGUUGGUCAAUAAGGGUGGAGCUUGUCGUCGUUUUCAAGAGGUUAUCGCUGUAAUCCAACUAAUUGAG